GAGCUCAGUCUGAUCUUCACACACCCUCAGCCUUCUCUGCUGCUGUGGGAACAGGAAGCAGAUGAAGAAGAGCACCAGAGAGGAAAUCUGUAAAGAAAGUCUUUGAAAGAAAAAGAAAUUCUUUCCAGUGUCUCUGAAAGUGUUUCUUUGAGAGGUGAAGCAUGGCUCUUUGUCUGAUUUGUGGACUUUUUACACUUCGAUUCUCAACCUUCAUUAAUGCUGUCCUCUCUCUAACUCUUCUCGUCUGCAGAGGUUAUUCUCAGGAAGCUCCAACAAAGCAAAUAGUGGCUCUGCUUGGCGAUGAUGUUGUUUUACCCUGUUCUCUGGAACGUCCUGUGGAUGUUUCAGACUUGCAGCUGGAGUGGGCGAGAACAGACCUGAUACCAGGAUUUAUCUACGUGUGGGAGAAAAAUAAAGAAAAUGUGGGGAUGAAACAGCCAUCGUACGUGGGAAGAACCUCACUGUCCUCUGAUAAACUGAACCAUGGAGACGUCUCACUCACUCUCUCUAAAGUACAGCUGUCUGAUGAAGGACUGUACAGAUGUUUCAUUCCACAGCUGGGUCAAAGGUCAUAUGUUCAUCUCAUUGUUGGGUCAGCAUCUACACCCGUCAUAAAGGUGAUGUCAAAUGACAGCAGCAGGGUGGUGUUACAGUGUGAGUCUGCAGGCUGGUAUCCAGAGCCUGAGCUGCUGUGGUUGGACGGUGAGGGAAACCUCCUCUCUGCUGGACCUACAGAGACCCUCAGAGGUCCUGAUGACCUCUAUACUGUCAGCAGCAGAGUGACUGUGGAGAAGAGACACAGCAACAGCAUCACCUGCAGAGUCCAACAGAGGAACACCAACCAGAGCAGAGAGACACACAAACAUGUUCCAGGCUCUGCUGUCACAAAACAACCAUCGGCCACUUUCAUCAUCGUGAUCGUUUGCCUGCUGUACGUUGGUGCAGUUAUCGCUAUCGUUUGGAAUUUCAUACUAUCAAAAAAACCUGACACCAAGGUGAAUGAAACUGAGCUGAAAACAAUGAAACAAAAACGCAGCAGAGCUCCUGCUGACAACACAGAGACCAAAGAAAUAAAAGAAGAGCCGCCAUCAGAACAGCUGGAAGACGACACAUCUGCUGUUGACAUGAGUGAGGUGAUCAAAGAGGGCGAGGAAAACCAGGAAACAGAGACUCAGAGUACGGCACAGCCAUCCUUCACCAGCAGUGAAAACUGAAGAACAAGAAGCUCUCUGAGAGCACAAACCUCAGGCAGCUCACUGUCUGUGCAGUGCUUACUUUUAAGUAAGAAUAGUUUUGUAUUUUUAUAUAACAUUACACUGGAGUAGGAUAAUAAGUAUUUGUAAAUAAAUGGACAUUAAUGACUUGAACCUAUUAUGUAAUAUUACACUGCUGUAUAUUUAUAACUAACAUUUAUUUAUGACUAACUCAUUCAUUCUCCUGACAAUACUUAAAAGAUUUAACACAUUUUGGGGUCAACGUGAAAGAAAGACAGACGUGAAAUGUAAAAGUGAGGUCAGAGGUCAAAUGUGACAUCAGAUUUUAAAUGUACUUUCUACAUGUUCAGAAUACACAGAAUCAUAAGUUUUAAGGCUUUUCUUCUGUUUGUUUUCCACCAGUAAACCAUCAAACAUGACCCCACUCUGAAUCCCUGAAAAGUUUUGUCAGGAUUCAUUCAAACCUUUCCAGCUCUGGUUUACAGAUGCACUGACCCACAGAGACGAUCAGAGGAUGGUAGAAAAGUCCAAACUCUUGAUGUUUUUAACUGCGUUUCACUUUCAGAAGUUACUGUUUUUGUUUUUGAUUAUCGGCUGACAAUUCAUUUCACUUUUCUUUAUGCAGCACCAAAUCACAUCAGCAGUUAACUUCCAGUUAGGUUAACACAUUACAUUGUGUGUUCCCACUAGAGGGAGCUACGUAGCAAUCUGUUGCUAUGACACCAGGAUAAAGCAAGCGGUGUUUACAGCACAGCAACGAGCCAGGAGAUAAAAAGAUGUUCAGAAAUAUAAAAUGUGGAACUUCCUGUUGAUGUGACCUUCCUCUUGUGCAUUUGGUUUUGUGGUUCUUCUUUGGGCGUCGAAUGUAUCUCUGUCAAAGCUGAUGGAUGGUUACAGGGUCAUGAUUGUUGAUUUGUUGAUGCCAUCACAAUCAGAUGAUUCCAAAGACACCAGUGUGUGUUUUUAAAUGAGUCAGUGUGGGUCCUGUUUAAAGCCACAUUUAUGGGCCAUCCAGGCACUAUGUGUUUGUUUUUGUGUUGUGCAGGAGUCUGUUGUUUCUGUUGAUUUUGUAAAUGAUUUCUGUCUUUGUAAAUAAAGUUUCUAAGUUACUCCCUUA